AUGGCUCUGUUUCUCAUGUCUCUGUAUCCCUCGUCUAGUCAGGAGGUGAAGAGGUCUAGUCAGGAGGUGAAAAGGUCUAGUCAGGAGGUGAAGAGGUCUAGUCAGGAGGUGAAAAGGUCUAGUCAGGAGGUGAAAAGGUCUAGUCAGGAGGUGAAAAGGUCUAGUCAGGAGGUGAAGAGGUCUAGUCAGGAGGUGAAAAGGUCUAGUCAGGAGGUGAAAAGGUCUAUUCAGGAGGUGAAGAGGUCUAGUCAGGAGAUGAAAAGGUCUAGUCAGGAGGUGAAAAGGUCUAAUCAGGAGAUGAAGAGGUCUAGUCAGGAGGUGAAAAGGUCUAGUCAGGAGGUGAAGAGGUCUAGUCAGGAGGUGAAAAGGUCUAGUCAGGAGGUGAAAAGGUCUAGUCAGGAGGUGAAAAGGUCUAGUCAGGAGGUGAAAAGGUCUAGUCAGGAGGUAAAAAUGUCUAGUCAGGAGGUAAAAAGGUCUAGUCAGAAGAUUAAAAGGCCUAGUCAUGAGGUGAAAAGGUCUAGUCAGGAGGGGGUGAAAAGGUCUAGUCAGGAGGUGAAAAGGUCUAGUCAGGAGGUGAAAAGGUCUAGUCAGGAGGUGCUUGUUCUAUCAGAUAAUAUGAUUGGGAAUAAAAGGUUUGAUGAAAACCUGAUGUUGUAUCAGAUAGAUAAACAGAUAGAGAGUUUAAAGAUCAGACUACAAAGAAAACAAAAACUUCUUUCCAAGGUGAUAAAUCGACAGCAGCGGUUGAUUGAAAAGCAAAGAUUAAUCAUAAAGCAUUUGUAUUCAAGUAUUUAUCAAUCUAAUAUCAACCAAACAUCAACUCCACUACACAACAAGUCAACCUAUUUUCCUAAAAACUACCUGGAAACACAACCUUCAAGUCUACCUCAAUUUUGGGUCAACAAAGAAUUACCAACGAAGUCAACCAUAAACAAUAUUGUCGUUCAAAAUAGUAAUAAUCCCAACCUGUUAUCCAAUCCUUCUGAUGUACAGUUAAACAAUCUGACCAACCUGUUAUCCAAUCCUUCUGAUGUACAGUUAAACAAUCCAGCCAACCAGUUAACUAAUCCUUCCGCUGUACAGUUAAACAAUCUGACCAACCUGUUAUCCAAUCCUUCUUCUGUACAGUUAUACAAUCUGACAAACCAGUUAACUAAGCCUUCUGCUGUACAGUUAAACAAUCCAGCCAACCUGUUAUCCAAUCCUUCUGCUGUACAGUUAAACAAUCUGACCAACCAGUUAACUAAUCCUUCCGCUGUACAGUUAAACAAUCUGACCAACCAGUUAACUAAUCCUUCUGCUGUACAGUUAAACAAUCCAGCCAACCUGUUAUCCAAUCCUUCCACUGUACAGUUAAACAAUCUGACCAACCAGUUAACUAAUCCUUCUGCUGUACAGUUGAACAAUCUGACCAACCAGUUAACUAAUCCUUCUGCUGUACAGUUAAACAAUCCAGCCAACCUGUUAUCCAAUCCUUCCACUGUACAGUUAAACAAUCUGACCAACCAGUUAACUAAUCCUUCUGCUGUACAGUUGAACAAUCUGACCAACCAGUUAACUAAUCCUUCUGCUGUACACCUUAACAAUCCUUCUGCUGUACACACAAACAAUCCAUCCAACCAGUUAACUAAUCCUUCUGCUGUACAGUUAGACAAUCCAUCCAACCAGUUAACUAAUCCUUCUGUUGUACACCUUAACAAUCCUGCCAAUGUACACCCGAACAAUCCAGCCAACCAGUUACUCAAUCCUUCUGCUGUCUUACCAACAAAUAACUCCAAGUUGAAACCAAGCAACCAAGUAGUAACAGAUCAAAAUAAACAAUUGUCCAACCAUCUUCUUCUUGAAAAAGUUAACAAUUCUCUAGAACCAUCAAGUAAAGAAUUAAUCAAUCAACCAUCUACUAAACACCUGGAUGAUUUGUCUAUUAAACAAUUGAAUCAUUUACAAUCCAGUCAGCCUAUUGAUCUUCUUCCAAGCAAACCUACUCAAAUACCUAAAGAUAAUCUUGAUGAGCAUAUUGAUAGAGAUGAGUACGUUUCUGAUAACGAUGAUGAUGACGAAUAUGAUCAUGUAUUCUGGGACACCCUGUAA